UAUUUUUCUUAUUUGUUUGAUACGUUCAUCAUCAUCAACAUCAUCAUCAAAUUGGACGUUCUUCUGAGGAAGGUCCAAAAAGUCAGUGCAGCGAAAACGGACGAUCCGAAGAAUACCUUUUUCACCUCUCCUCAAAAUAAUCACCAUCUUCCUCUUAUUCACUGAAAUAUUGUACCUGACGAUCUUCUCACUUUGAUCUUAUAUCAAUGGAAAUUUUUUAGAUAGAACUCGGAUUCGCAGAAUAAUCUGAUUGCAUAGGAACAAAAAAGAUAGCACCUUUUUCUCCCUACACAAGUGAUUAUGGCCGUUCCUGAGAAUGUCGGGGCCAAAAUCGGUUCUUCCAGUCAAAAUUUGGACAACAGUGUAGUGUCAUCGGACUCGGGUGAGGUUGAACAAUCGAAACCCCGAGGCGGGUCCAUCAACGGCGAUCAGAGGCUGAACAACGGCGUCUUCAACCACCAAGAUAGAGUUCCUAGCACUAUGUCAGUGUCCAAUGGGAAUUAUAACUACAAGGCUCAAAUGGGUCAGAUGCAUGGAAAUGGGGUGAACAACGAUGGGUAUGGGAUGAAUGAGGAGAAUGGGGGUGAGAGUUUUAAGAGUGAUAUGAGGGAUUUGGAAGAGCUUUUGUCAAAGUUGAAUCCCAUGGCUGAGGAAUUUGUGCCCCAUUCAGUAACCAAUACUCUUGGCUACCUGCCUGGACCUGGUGCCGGUACCGGUAAUGGUACUGGAUUUGGUUACCCUAAUAAUUUUAUUAUGCUCAAUGGUUAUGGUAAUGCUAAUGGUCAAACUAACAGAAGGAGGAAGAAUAAUUAUAAUAAUGGAAAGCGAAGAGUGAAUCAUAAAAUAGAUAUGGAGAAAAGAGAAGAGAUGAUUAAGAGGACUGUUUAUGUGUCUGACAUUGAUCAGCUGGUCACUGAAGAGCAGUUGGCAGCACUGUUUCUUAACUGUGGCCAGGUUGUUGAUUGCCGUGUAUGCGGAGAUCCUAAUUCUAUUCUUCGGUUUGCCUUCAUCGAGUUUACAGACGAAGAAGGUGCAAGAGCUGCUUUGAGCCUGUCGGGAACCAUGCUCGGAUAUUACCCUUUGCGAGUUCUGCCUUCAAAAACUGCUAUUGCACCUGUUAACCCAACAUUUUUGCCCAGGUCUGAAGAUGAAAGGGAGAUGUGUUCAAGAACAAUUUAUUGCACAAAUAUUGACAAGAAGCUUACUCAAGCCGAUGUCAAACACUUCUUUGAAUCUAUUUGUGGAGAGGUUCAACGGUUGAGGCUUCUUGGGGAUUACCAUCAUUCAACUCGAAUUGCUUUUGUUGAGUUCACUCUGGCCGAGAGUGCAAUUGCUGCUCUAAGCUGCAGUGGUGUGAUUCUUGGUUCAUUGCCCAUAAGGGUAAGUCCAUCGAAGACACCAGUUCGAUCGCGUGCUCCUCGUCCUUCCAUGCACUGAAUCAACUAUCCAUGUUUCUGGGGUUGAUAGCUGCUCUGAGAUAUAUUUACAUAUAUACAUACAUAGAAACAGAUAUGUUCUAAGGAACAUGUGGCAUUUAGUUGGUACUUAUGUCCUGGUGUCUCGCAGUAUGGUUAUCUUUGGUUCUUCCCCUUGGGAUUAUGGCUUCUUUCUUUAGCUUGUAGAGUCGGGUCGUACUUGGAGGAUCUCGAUGGCUUAUUAUGAUACAUCAUCCUGUGAUAUCUUGACCUUUCAAGGAGAGAAUUUUAUUGUCGGAUGUUUCUGACUUGUGGAAUUUAUUUCAAGAAACAUGUUACAAAGCCUUCAUUAGUCAUGAGGGUGUUUUCAUCA